UGCUGCAUGCAUGCUGUCGCUUUACAUGCUUUACGCAGUGUUCAACUCAUGGUGUUGGAAGUCCCAUGAAUUGACGCCUGGCCUUCGUUUUUCGUGUAUAAUUUUUGAUCUUUUGUGAGUCCGGCAUGGGCAAGCUCAAUGUUACAAUGCUGCGGUACCUGUCUCGGGAAGAUUUCCGCGUGCUGACCGCCCUUGAGAUGGGAAUGAAGAAUCAUGAGAUUGUGCCGGGGUCACUGGUUGCAUCCAUCGCCAACCUCCGACACGGUGGCUGUUACAAGCUCUUGAAGGAGCUGGUGCGCAACAAGCUGAUUGCCUGGGAACACGGCAAAUAUCCAGGUUAUCGGCUGACCUACCCUGGCUAUGACUACUUGGCAUUGAAAGCCCUCGCUGCGAGGAAUGUACUCGCGUCAGUGGGCAACCAAAUCGGAGUAGGCAAGGAAUCAGAUAUCUACAUUGUUGCCAAUGACGAUGGGGAGCAACUGGCCUUGAAAUUGCACAGGCUGGGGCGGACAUCCUUCCGUAAGUUGAAGGAGAAGCGGGAUUACCUCGGCAAGCGACGCAACGCCUCCUGGCUCUACCUCUCCAGACUGGCUGCUAUGAAAGAAUAUGCUUUCAUGAAGGCCCUGCAUGAUCAUGGUUUUCCUGUUCCAAAACCAAUAGACUUUAACAGACACUGUGUAGUCAUGGAGCUGAUGAAUGCGUAUCCACUGAACCAAAUCCACCAUCUUGCCGACCCCGCGGCCACUUACAACGACCUGAUGAAUCUCAUCAUGCGGCUAGCCAGCCAUGGUCUGAUCCAUGGCGACUUCAACGAGUUCAACCUGAUGCUGGAUGACCAGGAUCGUGUCACACUCAUCGACUUCCCCCAGAUGGUGUCCACGUCUCACAGCAAUGCUGAAAUGUAUUUUGAUCGGGACGUUCAGUGUGUGCGCGAUUUCUUCCUCCGACGUUUUCAGUAUGAGAGCGAGCUGUAUCCCAAGUUCUCCGAUGUCUGUCUGGAGAAUUCUCUAGAUGUUGAUGUCUCAGCGAGUGGCUUCACAAAAGACAUGCAGAAAACAUUUGAAGAGGAGACAACAGCUCUGAGAGAGGCCACAGAGGGAGUACGGGAAGAGGACAGCAACGAGGAGACAGACACAAAUAAUCCCAAAGGUGACAGUAGCGGUGAGGAGCUCUCCUCUGGAGACGAAAAAGAUGCCGCCACUUCCACAAAGGAAUCCACAAGGACUUGCGUUGAUCCACUACCUAAACUAGUAGAUGAGGCCGAGAGGUUUGUUGAUGCGUGUGGGGAGGAAUAUGUGGAUGAAGCACAGGAAAGUAAGGCUCUCAGAGUGGGCGGAGUCCGCGACAGUGAGGAGGAGGCGGAGUUGGGAGCUGACAGGCAGUGUCCGUAUGAGGAUUUGGAAGACAUUGCCACCCUGAACAAGCAGUACCGCCCCCAUCGGGACGCAGCCAGCCUGGCCCAUGUCAACCACCACAGCCGGCAGCGCAGCAGCGACAGUGUGACCUCCAGCGCUACCACCCGCUCUACGAUGGAUUCAUCCAUGGUCAGGGCAAAGGUCAAGCAGAGCCUGCUGAAGAAGCAGAAAGCCCAACAGCGGCGGAGGCGGGCAAAGGGGGAGGCGGGGAUUGUGACCGAGACGAGGAGGGAUAACCGGGACAACAUCAAGCAGAGCAUGAGCGAUGUGUGGUUUUAAGUCGGGCUACGUCUCAUUAACAAACUCAGUUCCAUGGAAAGGCUGGUUCAUACUUGACGCAAAAAUAAAUGUGAAUUUGUGACCUCAGAUGAAAUAUUCACGCUGUAAUUCGCACCAGUUGAACCCAUUUCAGUUCGAGGCAGUUUCCCUGGAAAUUUUUCAUGACGUCCAAUUUUCAUUCCUUUUGCGUUCACCUGAAUUUUGAAUCAGCCUAAAGGCAUAUCUCCCUUGUAGUGGUUCAUCUUCUGCUUGGAAGUUUCACGUGUCAAAGAGAAAAAUGCUCGUGUCGUAAAAGCCUUGACACUGUCUGUCCAUGAGGUACCAUGGUUUAACACAGGAAUCAGGUCACCAGAGACUUCAUUUUUAUGUUUUUAAGUGGCAAUUUAAAAACACAAUUUUGUUCCAUCUUCAAUAUUUCAUAGAUUCAGCAUUUUUUAUUGAAGUGUGUUGUCUUCCAAGAUCACACAUUUCCCUCGGUUACACCUGCACUUCUUUGUAAUUCAUUCAAAUAUACAACAUAUUUCAGGCUUUUCAUUCAGUUUCGUUACUGCAUAGAAAUCUGUACAACUCAUUCAAAAAAAGCUGAAGCACAUUCAGUGACCUCGCUUAUUUUUUAGUGCAUGACAGUUCAUUGGACUUUGGCAAGUCCAGCACACUUUAUUAAGACAUUUUUCAUAUUGUCGUCAUUUCUCAUUUUUGUAAGCUUUGAGCUACCUGUCAACUCUAAGGCUGUGGCUAUCAUUAACAGUGCUGACUGAAAUUCAAUUGACUGAAUGUUUUUUCCACAUGAAUGAAGUAAGUGCUCACAACAUCAGCUGAAGAAUUUGUCCAGCGUGUUGGUCUGUGUCACCUCCUGUUUGCGUCGUUUUGCCGCUGACUUGGGGCCAGACAAACUCCUGUAAAGCAAAUUUGGAACAGAAAUUACAAGGAAAGCAAUCUGAAAAACAAUCAUAUCACAAAAGACCUUUCAGUAUCAAGAGCGAGAAAAAGGAUAUUUACAAAAUCCUUGGAAUAUAAUGCAGUCAGUGUCUUCAGUAUCUAUUUACAGCACUGAAAAUAAAAUUAUUUCAGCUUUCAGAAUGGUGAGCUUGAAAUUCAAACAUUCCUGCUACGGGAGGAAAAUUCCAUCAGUUGAUUUUUCAUCAGAAAAACUGAGUCUAGUGUCACAGGAUUUUGAUUUCUACAUGUA